ACAGUCGUCUGCCCCAUUCCUCCCCAAACUCGACAUCGAAAUCCCUUCUCCUAAACCUUUAUUCUCCGUUUCCAAUAUGGAUUCUUGCGUCAUUCCUUCCCCUUUUCAGACUCUCAUUUUCGAUUUGGAUGAUACCUUGUAUUCUUCCAAGACUGGAAUUGGCAAAGCUCUUAAACGAAACGUUGAAGAUUUCCUUGGUGAGAAAUUCGGAAUUUCUGAAUCAGAAGCGCAGGAUAUGAACAGACAGCUCUUCAGAACUUACGGAAGCUCCUUAGCUGGCCUUCGGGAUUUAGGGUAUGACAUUCACCCAGAUGAUUAUCACAGUUUCGUGCACGGAAGAUUGCCCUACGAUUUGAUCAAACCGGAAGCUAAGUUGCGUAGCAUUCUGCAAUCGAUCAAACAGCGCAAAAUCAUUUUCACGAAUUCGGAUAGAAUUCACGCGAUGAAAGCGCUGGAUCGGCUCGGAAUCAGCGACUGCUUCGAGAAAAUCAUAUGCUUCGAAACGAUGAACCCUGCUCUGUGGGGACCAGCGUCGAUGGAACAUCCCGUGGUGUUGAAGCCGUCGAUGGAAGCGAUGAGGAUCGGCGUCGACGCCGCGGACGUCGAUCCCCGCCGCACGCUGUUUUUGGACGACAAUGUGAAGAAUAUAGCCGCCGGGAAGGCUGUUGGGCUCCGAACGGUUUUGGUUGGAAGAGCAAGAAAGAGCCAAGAAGCAGAUUACGCUAUAGAAACGGUGACGGAGAUGGUGCAAGGGAUCCCAGAAAUAUGGGUGGGUGAAGGAGAAGGAGAAGGAGAAAGAAGUGGUGAUGAUAAUAAGAGGAUUAGUCACGCCCUAAAUGAUAUGGACUCAGUCUAUGCAGCCACUACGGUUGCCGCUUGAUGGACUUGUACAUCCCCUAUUAAUUGUAUAUGGCCCCGGUCCCACUGCUAAUUGCUAUGUACAAUUUGUAAAUGCAUGUAAAAUGUAAAUUAUGUCUCAAUUGUAGUACUAAUAUUUUUCGAAUUGAAUAUAAUGCUUUUGUUACUGCCAAA